AUGGCCUCUAAGGUCAACCAGACGCACCACGAGUGUGACGCAGGGCCACCCGGAGACCCCUUACGGCUGGCUUCGCUUCCCGACUACACGCUGACUCUGCGACGCUCGCCUGACGAUAUCCCGCUCAUGACGCCCAACACCAUAACCAUGAUCCCCAACUCGCUGGUGGGCAUGCCCAACCUACAUCCGUACAACACCUUCACAGCUGGCUUCAACUCCACCGGCCUGCCACACUCCCACUCCACCACGCACAUCUUGGUAAUCACCGACUUCUUUGCCAAGUACGCUGUGGCAGUCCCUACACCCAACCAAAAAGCAAGAACGGUAGCGAAAUGCCUUUGGGAGAACUUUGUUGUGCACUAUGGGUUCCCUGAGCGCCUUCAUAGCGAUCAGGGCCCAGAUUUUGAAUCACGCACCAUUAAAGAGCUCUGUGAAAUGGCAGGUGUUAAGAAAACUCGAACAACCCCUUACCAUCCCAGGGGAAACCCUGUCGAACGCUUCAAUAGGACCUUGCUCAGUAUGUUAGGUACCUUAGAAGAAAAAGACAAGACUCAUUGGAGAGAUUUUGUAAAGCCAUUAGCUCAUGCGUACAAUUGCACGAGACAUGAGGUUACUGGGUUUACUCCAUAUGAAUUGAUGUUUGGGCGUCAACCCAGGUUACCUGUUGACCUUGCUUUUGGAUUGCCGUUUAAUGAUCUCCCACGUCAGUCUCACUCGGAGUAUGUCAAGCACCUGAAAACCAAUCUGAAAGAGAGCUAUCUACUUGCAUCACGUGGUAUGUCAAAAAGUGCAGAAAGGGACAAAGCUAGGUUUGACAAAUCUGUAACUCAUUGCUUUUUGGAGAUUGGUGAUCGAGUGUUGGUAAGGAACGUUAGGUUACGUGGGAAGCACAAGUUAGCAGACAAGUGGGAGUCUGAGGUGUAUGUUGUAGUGAAUCAGGCAGCUGAUUUGCCAGUUUACACAGUUCGUCCGGAGAGAAAGGACGGUCCUCUGCGUACUCUUCACAGAGACCUUUUGCUCCCUUGUGGAUUUUUACCAUCUCCAGAGGUUGAAACAUCCACACUAAACAAAUCCAUCUCAAGACCUAGAACACGACAGAGUCCUGAUGUUCCGUUAAUUGAUGACAACUCUCUUUCUGAUUCAGAAGAAGGAAAUUCGUAUUGUGGGAACAAUCAUUCUCCAAAUGUGGAGACAUUUUUCUACAUUUUUCUACAGUUCAUGAAAUCUGCAAAGAAAGAGAAACAAUGUACGGUGAUUCUGCUGAUAACUCAGCCAAACAAACUUUUCCAAAUGACGAAAUUUUGCAAGGAGACCAGAUCUUCAUGUUUCUGUUUUGCAGCCUGCGGGCCGGGUACCUACAAGGCCUCUUCCAUGGACGCCUACUGCACCAAGUGUCCUCCUAACAGUUUCUCCCAUCAGGAGAAAGCCUCUGAGUGCUCCUGCGAGAAGGGAUUUUACAGAGCUGACAUGGACCCGCGGUCAAUGGCCUGUACCCGACCUCCAUCUGCAGCCGAGAACCCCAUCUCCACCCUGAACGACACCUCUGUGACUUUAGAGUGGAGUCCUCCCAGAGACAGCGGCGGCCGAGGGGACGUCACCUACAGCGUCCACUGCAGGAAGUGCGCCAGUGACGGCAAGACAUGCAGCCCCUGCAGCAACAGCGUCCACUUUGUACCUAGACAGUUUGGUCUCUCAAUCCCUAAAGUGUUGAUCACGGACCUGCUGUCCAACACCAACUACACCUUCAGCAUAGAGGCGGUGAACGGAGUGUCCGAUCUGAGCCCGACCCCUAAACAACAAGUCACUGUCAACAUCACCACCAGUCAGACAGUGAAUGUGAUCCUGAAGGAGAGAAAGAGUAAAGACAGUAUCACACUGGCCUGGCAGGGACCCGACAGACCAAACGGAGUCAUAGUGGAAUAUGAAGUCAUCUACUAUGAGAAGAACCAAAGAGACCAGAACUACACGGUUCUGAAGACCAAAGCCCACACAAUGACAGUGGAAGGACUGAAGCCGGGCACCACCUAUGUGUUCAGAGUGAGGGCUCGCACUGAUGGAGGCUACGGCAACUACGGUGGGGAGAUAGAGCUGGAGACCAGUCAUGAGGAUAUGCUGGCCAUUGGGGACCCUAACCAGUCCACAAUCCUUGCGGUGUCCGUAGCCGGUGGCAUUGUGCUCCUUAUCUUCCUGGUGGCAUGUUUUGUAGUGAGCGGACGUGUUCUUGUUCCUAAAGAAAUUCUGUUUUGGGGAGAGCCGUUUUCACACCAGACACCUCGCAGAGAUGGGGGAAUCAAAAAGCGCCUUAGUCAGCUCAGCGCUCAGGAAAUUCUGUUUUGGGGAGAGCCGUUUUCACACCAGACACCUCGCAGAGAUGGGGGAAUCAAAAAGCGCCUUAGUCAGCUCAGCGCUCAGGGACAGAAAGCUGGAAGCCGUCAUGAAGAACGGCGCUCAUGUGACAGCAUAUUAGACCGUGAAGAAUGUUCCAGAGAAAGAGAGCAAGAGUGCAUUAGGCAGCACAAAGUGAUUUGUCCUCAUGGUGUCCAGGCUGUACUGAAAGAGCAGAGCUCCAGCCUGCCAACUCGCCAUGGCUGGGCUCCUGUGACCCUGGCAUGGGCGGCCCCUCUCCUCAUCAUUACUGCCAAAUUAAAAGCCAGAAGCCUCCAGCUCAUCUGUCUCCCUGCUGCCGACUCUUAUCACGAGCUCGGCCGCUCCCUCGCCGUGCCAAACGGAGAAUUAGCUGUGAGGUUGUUUGGUUUUAUGGUGCAGUCGUGUCUUGGCAUUCAUUUGGACUCAAAAUCAUAUGUGGUCUUUUUUUUUUUUUUUACUGCAGUGAAAUUGCCAGGAAGCAGAACAUACAUUCACCCCCACACUUACGAGGACCCAAAUCAAGCCAUCCGGGAUUUUGCCAAGGAAAUCGAUGCCUCCACUAUACAUAUAGAGAGAGUUAUAGGUGCAGGUGAGUUUGGUGAGGUUUGCAGUGGCCGUCUGAAGCUCCCCAGCAAGAGAGAAAUCUACGUGGCCAUCAAAAGUCUAAAGGCAGGAUACUCAGAGAAGCAGAGGCGGGACUUCCUGAGCGAGGCCAGCAUCAUGGGCCAAUUCGACCACCCCAACAUCAUCAGACUGGAGGGAGUCGUUACCAGAUGCAAGCCCGUGAUGAUUAUUACAGAGUACAUGGAGAAUGGAUCGUUGGAUACUUUCCUGAAGAAACAUGAUGGGCAGUUCACGGUCAUUCAGCUGGUGGGGAUGAUGCGUGGAAUCGCUUCAGGAAUGAAGUAUCUGUCUGACAUGAGCUACGUCCACCGUGACCUGGCGGCACGCAACAUCCUGGUGAACAGCAACCUGGUGUGCAAAGUGUCCGACUUCGGCCUGUCCAGAGUGCUAGAGGACGACCCUGAAGCUGCGUACACCACACGGGGCGGAAAGAUUCCCAUUCGAUGGACGGCCCCUGAGGCUAUAGCGUACAGGAAGUUCACCUCAGCAAGUGACGUUUGGAGUUACGGCAUCGUCAUGUGGGAGGUGAUCUCAUAUGGAGAGCGGCCUUAUUGGGACAUGUCUAAUCAAGACGUGAUUAAAGCUAUAGAUGAGGGUUACAGGCUGCCUGCUCCAAUGGACUGUCCCGUAGUCCUCCACCAGCUGAUGUUGGACUGCUGGGAGAAGAGCAGAAGCGAACGGCCCAGAUUCGGGCAGAUCGUGAACACUCUUGACAAACUGAUCCGCAACCCCACCAGUCUGAACGAGCUCGCCAACAGCUCAGUCUGGGAAGACCCCACCACCCCAGAGUUCAAUGUGAGUACGGUGGAUGAAUGGCUGGACGCCAUCAAUAUGGGCCAAUAUAAAGACAACUUCGCCAGCGCGGGAUACGUUUCUCUAGAUUCCAUACUGUACAUCAGCUUGUGUGAGUUAAGCAAGAUGAGCGUGACUCUGGUUGGGCACCAAAAGAAGAUUGUCUCAGCCGUCCAGAGUUUGCAUGCACAGGGGACUCAUGUGCAAAUAUAACAAGCCUUCUCCACCGCCUGAGAGCGUACAGGCUGAGAGUUACCAACUGCUCCCACCACACUCCCUAUCAGCAGCUUCACUGUACAGUUCCCACCCUGGAUGUUUCCGCAUACAACCCUUUUGUCAGCGCUCUGGUUUCCGUCCAUGCACGUCCGAGCUUCCUACAGGCAGAGGGACACACUGAGACUGAUCUACAAUCGCUUGACAAGGCCACGGCAAAUCAGAUAUGAAGUAUGGUUAUUAAACACAAAAGAGAAACAAAAAAGGAACAAUAAUACAUUAGGGAGAAUUCACAGCUUGUGUUUUACAGUUUCAACAUUUUGCAUUUCAUAUUUGACGUUUUGCAUAUCAGAGGUCGGACUGUUAUUCUUAAAAGGAGGGUUGUUGUUUCUUUUUUCUCACAUCCACGUUUGGGAUAUCAGUCUGUCCUCCUACAUCACUUAUAAGCCACAGUAAAAUAUCAGAUGAUGUUUACAGUAUAUUUAUUUUGUCAUAAUUGAGGCAGCGUUUGAGCUCAGAUGGAUUCAGGUCGCAGCUUCCAGUAUUGAGGCGAAAAGGCAACAGAGGUUUGCGUUCCACCAGCAAAGAUGGCCGGAAACAUCUGCAACGACAAAGGAGACAUCUAAGGCCGUGCCGUGCACAGGACAAGAUAAGCUGAGAAAUAAUUGCUCUCCACUCAUCGCCGUGUUGCUUAUGCAAACAGUGCAAGCAUUUGAAUAAGAAAUAGAGAAAGAGACUUCUCAAACACACUUCCGGAUGUCUUAAGUAAAAUAGAAAAGUUAUUUCUGUCCAUUCGCCACACAGAUAUGCCAACAUGUUGUACCCCUGCAAGGUUUGUGCACAUCAGAUCAAGCAAACACAACUUCAAAAGGUCAUUAUGAAGUGUGCGUGCGCUCUUGUGCACCACGUUUGCAUUGUCUUUACGUUUAAACUCGUAGUGCGUGACAACUAUUGUACUAUAGUGUAUAAAAUGUACAGUGUUGAUUUAAAAAAAAAAAAAAAAAAAGAAGACGGAAAAACUAGAAUGUUUGCAAUGAUGUACUUUUAUUCACUAUGAAGAGGAGAAGUGGCCGUGUGUUGGCGUUAUCAUCGUCGUUUGCCGAUGUGCGAUAAUAACUCAUCUCUGGAAUGUAGCAUGGAUGCUAAGCUUCAUCUUUGAUUGACAGGUGACAGUGACUGCAGUUUUUCACUCAAGUGGUGCCCUUAGCUGCUUGAUUUUAGAUGCCUUAUUAACUUUGCAGUUCUCUCUUUUUCUCAUCCUCCCCUUAAAAACGUUAUCAUGAAGUAUAAUGUAUAUAGUAUUUAUCAUUGCGUCACUGAGAAGCUGGAGCUCGAUGUUAAAGCCAGGCUCGAUGUUUUUACCGUUUUAGUCUGCUGUUUGUGGAAACGCGUUCGAUCUGCGCCGCUCUCGCCAGAGGCAUAGAUGCAUGUGGUAUAGGAAUGGAGAGGUUUUCAUGACUCUAUUGGGCUGAACUAAAUUCCUCUUUAAUGAGACUGAUUUGCUGCACUGUAUAUUUUUGUACUAGUGAGGUUGUUCUGUAAAGUAGAAGUCUACCCGUUUUAUUUAAAUAUAUAUGAGACAUAAUUACAGGAACAGAUGGAAAUGAGAGAUAAUCAUACUUCAAAUCAUGAUUCCCUGACGUCAUUUCACAUUUUGAUUCCUUUUAUGUCAUUGAUUGUUUCAAUGCUUCAGCACAACACUGUAACUAAUUGCAAGACUUACUCGGAAUCUGUAGGGGGGGGGUUUCCACAUUUCCUGCGCUGCUUUUGUGGGAAAAUCUGUGAAAUUUUGCUGAAAGGAUUUGAAUAUGCUCAAAUUUCUUUAUUCAAAAUGGAAUUAUAAUUAGUAAAAAAAAAAAAAAAUGUCAGAAUUCUGUGAUCGCAGAUUCCGUGUGGAUUUAACUAAGCACACAUAACCACAGUUCCUUUCAUCAAUUUUUAAGGAAGAUCCAUCAUCACCUGUUAUUAGAAUAUGUAAAACUGGAUACUUUUCAUAAAAGGUGAAAAUCCAGAAAAUUACAUCUCAAGCCAUGUUUAAAAUGGUGACAUAUUUAGUUCCCCUAAUUAAAACGGCAUAAACAACAAUACAAAUCAUCAAUCAAAAAUAUAAAUCAUAAUAAUAAAUGCAAGGAUCACUACUAUUGCACUUUUCUUUAGUUUUUCCCAUGAGUAUUUUAUAUAUCCCAUGAGAAAAAAAACACUUCCUUAAACAAGUGAUAAUGCAUUUAGAUUAAUUAAUUUGUUCUAUCCUGAGAUUGUUAAUGAAUCUUUAUACACUAAAUCUGAGAUUUCAAUAUGUAAAAUAAUUUCAGAAGGCCAGAAACUCAUCCAUUUUUAUUCUCAUUUUUCAAUCCAAAAUUAAAUCCAUUCAACUCUGUCUUGGGAGGCAAUAUGUGGCUAAAUUGGCUGCAGAAAAUUGCAUUGAAAUAAUAAAAACAUGAUAAUGAUGAUAGUGACAGUGAUGAUAAUAGCAGAAUUAAUGACCAUUAAUAAAACAUAAGCUCCAGUUUUUACUACUGCAACAUAAACUUUCCAGUUUUGCAAAUACAGCUAAAUAAAGAAUUUUAUAUAUCUGCUCACCAAAUGAA